GCGGUACCACGGGCCGACUCUGGGGCUCCUGCGCGCCCGCCCCACCUUCCCGCCUUCCCGCCGCCCGCAUCCUGACGCCCCCACGACAGGUGGCGACGCGCGCUGUGACGGGGCGCCAGGCAGGGGCGGCGGAUCGUGGUCACCGCGUCGUUUUGUGCCGCUGCGGCGCGGACGGGAUAGGGCCUCAGGUGAGCCGGGCAGCGGGCCGCGGCCGCAGGUGAGGCUCGUCCCUUCAGGGCUGCAGUCUCUUCUGCGAUGGAGGGAAGCAGACAGACUCGAGUGUCCCGGCCCUACAAGAUCAGCGAAUCCUCAAAGGUGUACCGCUGGGCCGACCACCCCACCACAGUGCUGCAGCGGCUGAAUGAGCAGCGGCUGCGUGGCCUCUUCUGUGACGUGGUGCUGGUGGCUGAGGAGCAGCGUGUGCCUGCACACCGCAACCUGCUGGCCGUGUGCAGUGACUACUUCAAUUCCAUGUUCACACUGGGCAUGCGCGAGGCCUUUGAGAAGGAGGUGGCGCUGGUCGGGGCCUCGCCCAUCGGGCUCAAGGCCGUGGUGGACUUCCUGUACGGCGGCGAGCUGGCUCUGGAUGGCGGCAACAUCGAUCAUGUGCUGGAGACGGCGCACCUGCUGCAGAUCUGGACGGCGGUGGACUUCUGCUGUGAGUACCUCGAGCAGGAGGUGAGCGAGGACAACUACCUGUACCUGCAGGAACUGGCCUCCAUCUACAGCCUCAAGCGGCUUGAUGCCUUCAUUGACAGCUUUGUGCUGAGCCACUUUGGCACGCUUUCUUUCAUGCCGGCCUUCCUGCAGAGCGUGUCCAUGCAGAAGCUGUGCCUGUACCUGAGCAGCAGCCAGGUGCAGCGCGAGUGUGAGCACGACCUGCUGCAGGCCGCCUUGCAGUGGCUGACGCAGCAGCCGGAGCGCGAGGAGCACGCCCGCCGCGUGCUGGAGAACAUCCGCUUCCCGCUCAUCCCCAAGGGUGACCUGCUGCACCGUGUCAAGCCGGCCGUAUGCGCACUGCUGCCCCGGGAGGCCGGCUGCGAGGACUUCAUUGAGGAGGCCGUGCGCUACCACAACAGCCUGGCGGCACAGCCCGUGCUGCAGACGGCACGCACCGCGCUGCGCACUGACGGCGAGCGCCUGCUGUUCGUGGGCGGCGAGGUCUCUGAGCGGUGUCUGGAGCUCAGCGAUGACACUUGCUACCUGGACACCAAGAGUGAGCAGUGGGUCAAGGAGACCCCGCUGCCAGCCCGGCGGAGCCACCACUGUGUUGCCGUGCUGGGCGGCUUCAUCUUCAUCGCAGGUGGCAGCUUCUCACGGGACAAUGGAGGGGACGCAGCCUCCAACCUGCUUUAUAGGUAUGACCCCCGCUGUAAACAGUGGAUCAAGGUGGCCUCCAUGAACCAGCGCCGUGUGGAUUUCUACCUGGCCUCCAUCGAAGACAUGCUGGUGGCCGUCGGCGGCCGGAAUGAAAACGGAGCGCUGUCUUCUGUGGAGACGUACAGCCCCCAGAGCGACUCCUGGUCCUACGUGGCUGGCCUGCCGAGGUUCACCUACGGCCAUGCAGGCACCAUCUACAAAGACUUUGUGUAUAUCUCAGGGGGCCAUGACUAUCAGAUCGGCCCAUACCGCAAGAACCUGCUGUGCUACGACCACCGCACAGAUGUAUGGGAGGAGCGGCGGCCCAUGACCACAGCGCGUGGCUGGCACAGCAUGUGCAGCCUGGGGGACAAUAUCUAUUCCAUUGGUGGCAGCGAUGACAAUGUAGAGUCCAUGGAGCGCUUCGACGUGCUGGGCGUGGAGGCCUAUAGCCCACAAUGCAACCAGUGGACACGUGUGGCGCCGCUGCUGCACGCCAACAGCGAGUCGGGCGUGGCCGUGUGGCAGGGCCGCAUCUACAUCCUUGGCGGCUACAGCUGGGAGAACACAGCCUUCUCCAAGACCGUGCAGGUGUACGACCGCGAGGCUGACAAGUGGAGCCGUGGGCCUGACCUGCCCAAGGCCAUCGCUGGCGUGUCCGCCUGCGUGUGUGCCCUCCGGCCUCGGCUGGAAGACAAGAAGAAGAAGGGCAAGGGCAAGCGGCCCCAGGACCGCGGCCAGUGACCCUGCCACCCCCCCGGACCCCAUAGCCACCCCAGCGGCUCCUGGUCGUGCUGUGUGCUCCUAGCAGCACUUUCCACUUGCAGAACUUGCGCCGCGCCUGUGGUAUCACAGCCACCAGUUACGUAGACUUCACAUAGCGUGCUGCUUGGGUAAUCACCCUGGUGCCCAGCAGUGAGCGGAGCGCCUUGCACCAGGACAGGCACUGAGGGCUGCUCCGGCCUCCCCCAGAAUAGCUCAUGCGGCCUGAGGAAUGUAGUGGAACUCGGGGCCAUGAAGGAUAGCCCGUUCAGUGCCUCUAGCUUUGAAAAGCAUAGAUUCCUGGGUCCCCUCUCAGAACUGUCAAAUCUGAAACCAGCAGGGAAGGAGCCGGGCCUGGUGCAUGCACCUAGAAUCCCCGUACCUGGAAGGCUGAGGCAGGAGGAUCGCUACAAGUUGAGGCCAGCCUGGGUACGUAGAGAGUUUGCAACCAGCCUGAAUUACACAGCAAGACCCUGUGGCAAAAUACCCUAAAUAACUAGAACUACCAGGGAAACCCCAAGACUGUUUUCCCCGGCUCUGUGAUGGAGCACCAGCCAUGUUCGGGAGUCACCCACGAGGCUGUGGAGGACACAGACCUGUGCACAGGCGGGUGAGGCUCGAGGAGUCCCCGGGGAGCUGCGCCUAUUUCUGAACAGUCCCAUUUUUCCUGGCGAGGAAUCUUUCUGAAUUCUGAGAGAUUCCAAGUAACCAAGAAGGGAAAGGAGAAAUGACACGAAGCUCCCUGUUUAUAAACAUGCUAUAAUUUGUGCUUUUUUUCCUCUGCCCUAAACCUACUGCUCUCAACACCAAUGUGCUGACCUCCCCAAAUCUGUCUUCCUUCCUUCCUUCCUUCCCCCCUUUUUUUCUUUGGUACCAGGAAUCAAGCUCGGGACCUGGCACAUGCCAGGCAGGCACUGUGCCCUGAUCUGGCCCCUACAUUUAUUUCUCAGGAAAGGAAGCCUGAGCAUGCGUCAUCUUCUCGGCUGCGGGGCUGGGCCGGAGCCCGUGGGGUGGCCCGUGCAUCUUGGCCCCGCGCCUGCUGCUCGGCACACGGCCUCGCAGGGCAGAUCCUUGGUGCGCUCCCUCUGCCCAUUGCUCCCUGGCACCAGGCUCCUCCGGGUGACACCUGGCCUUCCUCCGCAGCCACGGACACGUCUGGCUCCAUUGCAGGUGUGCAGCUGCACCACCUCCAGAACAGACCUGGAAACUGACCCCCCCUGCCGACCGCCUUGGACCGCAGCCACUGCAGCCUCACUGGGCAGGCUUGGGUGUGAGUGGUGGGGCGGAGCCCUGAGCUCAGGACAGUGGCUGUGCCCUGUCCUUCGGCAGCGCUCUGGUCCUGAGGGCAGGUGUCGGGAUUCCUCGUGAGCCCCGAAGCAGCAGAGCAGCUCUGCUUCUCCUGCUUUUCUCUGCGCUGUGCCUCUCCCUGCCGGGCCACGUGGCUUUGGAUCGACUGGUGAUGUUGCAAGCCAGGAGAGAUGAGGCAGCUUGGGAGUCGUACUGCCGAGUUCCCUGUUCAUCAGGCAAGCAGUGUGCGUGCGUUGUCACCUGCGUGUGGCAGUCUCUAGAGGUUCAGAGAAUGCAGAGAAGUUCUGAGAGGCACCCGCACCGACCAGGGGACACUCAGCUCUGUGCUGAGAGCUGUGACCUGGGUGUGUUAAAGGCUCUGAGAAGGCCUGCAUUCACCGCUAGCUGCCUAGCCAGCUUUUGUAAACCCCUUUGAGCCUGGCAUGCUUCAUUUCAUUCCUAGUCCCAGACCGCCAUGAAAGGUGUUUGGGAGAGGUUGGGCUCCUGAUGGCCAACAGAGAGGGCACGUGUGGCAGUGGUGCCAUCCCGGCACACACACGGUGACCUCGAGCCUGGAGCUCUACGUUGUGGCUUAUGCAGGGUCUCUCCAUUUUUGCUGGGGCUUGCAUGGGACAGCUCUGGCCUAGCUCCUGAUAUCCUGGUGCCGUGUGGGACCCACACCAACCCCUGCACCCAUGUCCGUGAUGCCUCUCCCAACAGUGUGGGCACGGUUUGCCGUUUAGGUGUGGAACCUAGUGAUGCUGAAGCUGAGCGUGUCCCAGUGGGGAGAAGACGGACGUGGGGGUGGCAGCUUGUGGGCUGCUGAAGGCUGGAAGGUUCCUGAGCCUGGGGGGCUCCUGGGUCAGCUCUGCUUGCUGGGCUUUGAAGCUGGAAAUUCGUUGCCCUGUGUGGUCCGGCUGGGAGAAAGGGUAGGGGUGGGGGGGCUGGGCAGCAGUCGUGUCCUUUCAGAGCAGGCAUUGGGGCUGCUGUGGCAGCAGACCACUGUGAACAGAAACAUCACAUGUGCCCUUCCCUGGAACUGUCCAUAAUCCUAGCACCCAGAAAGCUGAAGCCGGAGGAUUGCUGCAAGCUGGGGGCCAGCCUGGGCUGUAUAGUGAGUUCAAGGCCAGCCUGAACUGCAUAGUGAGACCUUGUCUCAAACACCUCCCCCACUCCCCCCCAGAAAAUCAUAAAUUGUGCUCUGGGCUUUUUGGAGCUUUGAGAAAACCUGAAUUGAUUUUCCUUGACCUUUCAAAAUCAGAACAGCUUUUAUUCAGGUUCUGAUUUUUCUUAUUUUUAAAAGAAUUAGAGGGCCAGGAGAUAGCUCAGCGGUCUGAAGCGCCCGCUUCGGCAAGCCGAGGAACAGGCAGGGUCUGCCAUUCCAUUCCUGGCCCCACGCGGUGCAAGCCCCGCCCCAGGGAGGGCCGGGGGCUGCAGCUCAGCAGUAGAGCACUUGCCUCGCACGCACGAGGCCGAGUGCAAUCCCCCCACCACCAAAAGUAAAUAAUAAAAGAAGCUACAGCUUUGUAUUACUAUAGGUUUGACCCUCACCUGAGCUAGGACCGCUGUCGGCAUAGGACAGACGUGUGAGCCUAGAGGGGACAGGAGGGAAGCUGAUGUGUGCUCGUCGUCUGCAGAGCUCUUCCUGCCACUUGUGUCUCGAUUGGCCAGAUGCGGUAGCGCGUGCCUAUAGGAGGCCGAGGCAGCAGAUCUGCUUGAGCCCAGGAGCUCGGGGUCAGCUUGGGCAGCACAGCAAGAACCUUCCCCACAAAAGACAUUGUAUACGUAUAAAAUCAGACCAGGGCUGGGGGGAUGGCUCAGCGGUCCAGGUGCCUGGAUGGCAAGCUCAGAGAUCCGAGUU